AUGAGCCUCGACGCCUGUGAGCGACUCGACUCUUUGGCAGGCGAAUGGAGAGGGUCAGACAAACGGCCGCCGGGCCGACAGACCUUGCACAGCAACUUGGCCUCUUUUCUAGAAGGCUCGGGGGCAUGUUUGGUCCUCACCAAGUCAGGCUGCCAAGUCGGUGAGUCACCCAGUGAUGGCCCAGAUCGGAUUCAGCAGCAGCCUGGCUUCCCUGAUCAGCAUGUCUCAGCUGCACCGCAAAGUCCCAACGACCUCUUUCUGCGUCUCUUAGACACUGGAAGGCACCUCGGUCGAGGUGGAUUUGGGACCGUGCGCAGGGUCGAGCCCACUGGACAUGGACUGAGCCACUUCAAGCCACUGAGCCCGGGCAUGGCCUACGCCAUGAAGAGGGUGAAACUUCCGAACAGAGAUCCAGAACUGGAGUCGCUGUCCAAGAGCUUCAGCCGCAUGCUUGAGUUCCUUCCGGCCCUGGGUGAGGAGAGGGCCACGCGAGAGCACGGGCCAACACUGCAAGGUUGGAUGACCUCCCUGAAGACAGCAGUUCCCGAGCGCACCUGCGCAGACUUGGCGCAGCAGAUGCUCUCGGCAGUGCACUACUUGCACCGUGUGGUUGGAGCUGUGCAUCGUGAUGUUAAACCGGCUUUGUCCCCAGGAAACGUACAGCUCUUCGACAUGGGCUUGGCUUGGGUGCUGCCCGAAAAGAUCCAAGAGUCCAGCGCAACGGACCUCCACGAUGUUGCUCCUGGGGGCACACUGGGUUGGCUCUCUGAAGCCUGGUGUGGACUCUGCGGUGCCUGCUCGGACGUUUGGGGGGUGGGAUUGAUUGUGCACACCCUCCUCGUCGGAGACAUGCCGUUUGGACUCCGCAAGCUUGAGGAGGAGGUGCAGGUCCGCAAUGCUGCGCGCCAAUUUGUAGACCAGCUCUUGGCCAAGGAUGUCGCGGCUCGGGCCACCACGACUGCAGCAUACUGCAGCACUGAGGCACAACUUCAUCCGCGAGGAGAACGUGCCUAUGUCAUGGAGUUCGAGGGUGUGCGCCGAGAACGUGCCACCGUCACCACAGAGUCCGAAGGUGUGCGCCCAGAAGUGUGGAGGCUUCUUCGCGCGUGGGAAGACAUGGAAGACGAAGCAUCUACUUUCACGCGGUUGACUGAGCGCUGA